AUGCCACGUCCAGGCCAGGUUCUUGGUUUAGUUGGGACAAACGGUAUUGGGAAAAGCACUGCGCUGAAAAUUCUUAGUGGGAAAUUGAAACCCAACCUUGGCCGCUAUGACAACCCGCCAGAUUGGGAAGAAAUCCUGAAAUAUUUUCGUGGAUCCGAACUUCAAAGUAGGGACUUCUAUUUAAGAUUUUCUCCAUCAUUACAUCUAACAGAGGCCAUAGAUUACUUCACCAAAGUCCUUGAAGAUGAUCUUAAAGCUGUUGUGAAACCACAAUAUGUUGACCAAAUCCCCAAAGCUGUCAAAGGCACUGUGAAAUCUGUGGGUCCUCUCAUAAAGGCCCGCGCACAGAUGGGCAACAUGGAUCAUGUUAUGGAAGUCUUAGUUAGGGAUCGCGAUAUUGGCUUACUGUCAGGUGGAGAACUCCAGCGUUUUGCAAUCGGCCUUGUCUGUGUUCAGCAAGCAGAUGUUUAUAUGUUUGACGAACCAUCCUCAUAUCUGGAUGUCAAACAGCGUCUCAGUGCAGCCCGGACCAUCCGCGAAUUACUUCGACCCGAUGACUACGUAAUCGUUGUGGAGCACGACUUAUCUGUUCUUGAUUAUCUGUCUGACUUUAUUUGCGUGCUCUAUGGCCGCCCGGCUGUUUAUGGAGUUGUGACCCUCCCUGCUUCUGUUCGCGAAGGAAUAAAUAUAUUCCUAGACGGCCACAUCCCUACAGAGAAUCUUCGUUUCCGAGAAGAGUCUCUUACCUUUCGAAUCGCGGAAGCCGGUGAUGAUUUCAUUGCCGACCAAGGCAGGGCCUUUAGUUACCCAGCAAUGGAGAAAACACUUGGCUCUUUCCAUCUUAGUAUUGAAGCCGGCAGGUUUACAAAUUCUGAAAUUGUUGUUAUGAUGGGAGAAAACGGUACUGGUAAAACAACAUUCUGCAAAAUGUUAGCUGGGGUGGAGAAGCCUGAUGGUGGAAAGGCUGUUCCUGCCAUGAAUAUUAGCAUGAAACCUCAAAAGAUUACGCCCAAGUUUCAAGGAACUGUUCGACAAUUGUUCUUCAAACGCAUCAAAGCUGCGUUCCUUUCUCCCCAGUUUCAGACAGAUGUCUAUAAACCUCUCAAGAUUGACGACUUCAUUGACCAAGAAGUACAAAACCUUUCUGGUGGAGAACUUCAGCGAGUCGCUAUCGUUCUUGCCUUGGGAAUGCCCGCUGAUAUUUACCUGAUCGAUGAACCGAGUGCAUACCUCGAUUCAGAGCAGCGUAUUGUCGCCGCUCGCGUCAUCAAGCGAUUCAUCAUGCAUACCAAGAAAACCGCAUUUAUCGUCGAGCACGACUUCAUCAUGGCUACUUAUCUUGCUGAUCGAGUUAUUGUUUUCGACGGCAAGCCGUCGAUCGAUGCGAAGGCAAACAAGCCUGAGUCCCUCUUAACAGGCUGCAAUAAGUUCUUGAAGAAUUUGGACGUCACAUUCCGGCGCGAUCCAAAUAGUUUUCGGCCCAGAAUUAAUAAAGACAAAAGCCAGCUAGAUCAGGAACAAAAGCUGGGUGGGAACUAUGUGGGUGAUUAA